UUGCCGGUGACUUUCCUCUGCCUUUCUCUCUCUAAAAAAACCCUUUUGCUCCCGCUCUCUAUGACUUUCCUCUGCCUCUCUCACUCUAAAAUACUUCUUUGAAAAAGCCCUUUCCUCCCGCUCUUUGUGAAACUCUUUGCCUCACGAGAGUGUUUUCCUCGGCCUCUCUCGCUAAACGCUUCACAGUAGCGCUGCGCUUUGAAAAUUUCCAAAACCCUUUUGUCCCCCGUUACCUGACCUGCACAUUUGCACCUAGAAAGUCGGGGCUGCAUUUUAUAUCUCCUCAGGGGGAAUAAGAGACUUUCUCUCUCUACGAAAUAGGCGAAGCAGCUGCUAAAGGGCAGCAUGUUUAGAGAGUUGACAGAGCCUGGUUUUGGGCACAGUCGACGUCUCUCUUCUUCAUCCACCAAACCCAUUAGGGAUACUCUCUUUCCAGGAGAUGGAAUUGGGUAAUGUUUUUUCUUAUUUCUUAUUGGGUAAGAUGAAGUAACCCAUUUGGCCUACUUCUUCUUAUUGGGUUUUUUCUGCUGCCCAAUGCCCAUUAAGUGAGAAGAGACACCAAAAAGUUUUAAGGUUUCUUCGUUACCAUGGAGGCAACCGUUGAAGAUUAUUCCUUAUGGUAUGGUGACAAUGCGGAAGGAAUUGAUAGUUCUAUCAAGGUCAUGAGUGCUUCAGAAUUGGCACCUGUGAAAAGUCUACAUGAACUAGUGGAAUCACAUGCAAAACGUAGUAAUGAUGGUUCUAAGGAGCUUGGUGUUAUAAACACUUGCAGUGAGGAAGAUGAAAAUAGAAGAUUGGGAAGCUAUCCAAAUGAAGGUAACAUUGCUUGUGAACCAUUUGUGGGGAUGGAAUUUUUAUCUGAGGAAGAAGCAAAAUCAUUCUAUAAUGAAUAUACGAGGCGAAUGGGAUUUAGCAUGUGCAUGGGAAAUACAAAAAAAACACAACAUGAAGGGGUCGUGCGCUCUCGUAAAUUUCUAUGCUCAAGAGAAGGAUUUCGUUCAAGGAAAAUUGAUAGUGGAAAACCUACUCAGAAGGUACCAGACACAAGAGUUGGUUGCAAAGAAAUGAUGAAAAUAUGUAAGAAAGGUAUUAACAAGUGGGUUGUUACACGGUUCGACAAGGACCACAAUCAUGUAUUUGUAAGCUCAAGUAAGUUUGAUGCAACCACAACAUUUUGUUACCACUUUUGUGGAUGAGUCCCACUUUUGUUAUGGAACUACUCAGUGGUAUAGCCCAACUCAGCAUCUGACCCUCUCGCUCAAGAGGGAGCAACACAAAACAACAAACAUGGGAUAUUUUUUAGUACUUUUUUUAGCACAUGGUCCCCUUAUUUUUUGUAUAUUAAUUUCUUGUUUAUAUUUUGGAUGUAAAGCAUUUCUUGAGCCCCUUUACAAGAUUUUGAAUAUAAACACCAAACUUAGAAAUCCAAAGGAUGGUUCAGUAGAGUAUUUGGGUUAAGUUUGAGGUCAAUGAAGAUGUAUGAUGGGUCAAUGGAGUAUUUGGUUAAU